AAUGGCUGGUGCAUUACCUCCAACCUACGUGCUUGGCUUUCACGAUGAGCAACUGGUGCGUCGCAUGGAAUACCGCAAGUUGGGACAAACCGGAUUGAGGGUGUCAAAGCUGGCCUUGGGCGGUGCGGCCCUGAGCACACUUUUCGACAAAGACUUUGAUGUGGAAGAGGGAAUACGUACGGUGCAGCAGGCCAUUAAGUCGGGUGUUAAUUAUAUAGAUACGGCGCCUUUCUAUGGCCAAGGCAAAUCGGAGGAGCUGCUCGGACGCGCCCUGAAGGAUGUGCCUCGUGAGGCCUAUUAUAUAGCCACCAAGGUGGCACGCUACGAACUCGAUCUCCGGUACAUGUUCGACUACAGCCCGCAGAAGACGCGUGAGAGUGUGGAGCGAAGCUUGAAGCUCCUGGGCUUGGAACAUAUAGAUGUGCUGCAAGUACACGAUGUGGAUGUGCCCAACAGUCUGGAUACCGUACUCUACGAAACGAUACCGGCGCUCGAGGAGUUCGUGAAGGCGAAGAAGGCUCGCUUUAUUGGCAUCACCGGCUACGACGUAGAGGUGUUGAAGGAGUGUGCGGAAAGGGCUCGAGGUCGUGUCCACAUAGUGCUCUCCUAUGGCCGCUACACUCUGCUGGACAACACACUGCUCCGUCACAUGAACGCCUUUCGGGAGCUGAAUGUGGGCGUGGUCUGUGCCUCCGCCCAGGCCUUAGGUCUGCUCACCAAUACAGGACCACAGCCCUGGCAUCCCGGCAGCGAGGAAUUGCUCGGCGUAGGCCGUCGUGCCGCCGAGAUCUGCGUGCAGAGGGGCGUGGAGCUCGGAAAGUUGGCUGCCUACUACAGCAUGCAGCUGAAUGGGGCAGCUACAUUCUUGAUGGGGAUGCCAACGCGCCGGCAGUUGCAAAUCAAUCUGGACGCGGCACUCUACGGCCUCACCGGUGCCGAGCAGGAAGUGUUGCAGUAUCUGCGCGAAAACGUCUUCAAAAAAACCUACAGCUGGGGUGCCACCAUAACCACUCUUAAAACAUUCAAACCAAAGCCAGUUAAAUAACUUGCAUCUUUCGUUUUGUAACGAACUUCAAAAAACAUAAAUAAAGUGCACCUCUAAAAAAUUAA